AUGUUCCCCAGGGUGAUUUUAAAAGGAACAAUGAUCAAGAAAUCUCAACAAAAGAAAAGAACAUCACCAUGUAACUAUAAGGAGAGGUUUUUUGUUUUGGACACCCAGGAUUUGAAGUAUUCUGAACGCCGGCCGGGGAAAAAGCCCAUGUUGAAAGGUUGCAUUGAGCUCUCCAGGAUUAGGUGUGUGGAGAUUGUGCGUACCGAUGUCACUAUUCCAUGUGCCAAUAAAUACCCUUUUCAGGUUUUUCAUGACAAUCUUUACCUGUACAUUUUUGCCCCAGACAAUGACUGCCGUCAGAGAUGGGUCAGGGCUCUGAAGGAGGAGACUAUGCAUAACGAUUUAGUUCCAAAAUACCACCCAAACUUCUGGAUGGAUGGUAAAUGGAGAUGCUGCCACCAAACAGAGAAACUGGCAGCAGGUUGUCAUGUAUAUGACCCACAUUCUGAUGCCACUAAAAAGCCACUUCCUGAUCUCCCAGAUGGAGAGACUAGACAUUGUGAUCCAGGACAGGGGAUGGUGGUUGCUCUGCAGGACUACGCACCACAGGGAGACGACGACCUACCCCUCCAAAAAGACCACGAGUACAUCCUGGUCAGUAACUCCCAUUGUGACUGGUGGGCCGUGCAGGAUGACAGAGGGAACACAGGCUUUGUGCCAAGUACAUAUAUAGCUGAAAAGUCUGGCACCAACUUCCAAAGAUUUGAAUGGUACAAUAAAAACAUAACCAGAGGAGAAGCAGAGGAUUUGUUAAUGAGCAAGGGAAAAGAAGGUGCAUUCAUGGUACGUGAUUCAAGACAGGCAGGAGUCUACACAGUGUCAGUCUUCACUAAAGCACCGGGAUCUAAUGGGGAGAAAAACCCCAGAGUGAAACAUUACCAGAUCAGGCAGAAAAAAACAGAAGAGUCUGCUUUUUACUUGGCUGAGAAGUACGUGUUCAGCACCAUUCCUGAGCUCAUCCAUUAUCAUCAACACAAUGCUGCUGGCCUCAUCACACGACUGAGACACCCGGUCUCUCUAGACAGACGCUGCUCCAUGGAAAUUGUGGAUCACUCUCAAGGUCAGUGGGAGCUGGACCCAGAAGAGCUGAUCUUGGAACAGGAAUUAGGCAGCGGACAGUUUGGACUGGUACGAGCAGGGAGGUGGAGGGAGAAGAAAGUGGCAGUGAAGAUGGUAAAAGAAGAGUGCAUGUCUGAUGAGGAAUUUAAAGAAGAGGCAAGAGUGAUGAUGAGACUGUCCCACUGUAAGCUGGUGCAGCUGUAUGGUGUGUGUACCCAGCAUGCUCCCAUGUGUCUGGUGUUUGAGUUCAUGGAAAAUGGCGCUCUGUCGGACUACCUACGGGCAAGGAAAGGGCAGCUCUCACAGGACACGAUGCUGGGGAUGUGUCUGGACGUUAGUGAAGGGAUGGCGUACCUGGAGAGCUCCAACUUCAUCCACAGAGACCUGGCUGCCAGGAAUUGUCUCGUCUCCAAAAAUAAUGAGGUGAAGGUGUCUGAUUUUGGCAUGACCAGAUUUGUCCUUGAUGAUCAGUAUACAAGCUCCCAGUGUUCCAAGUUUCCUGUUAAGUGGUCGUCCCCUGAGGUCAUCAGAUUCUGCAAGUUCAGCAGCAAGUCUGACGUCUGGUCAUUUGGUGUGCUCAUGUGGGAGGUGUACAAUGAGGGCCGCCUUCCUUAUGACAACCAAACUAAUGCUGAGGUAGUGGAGUCCUUGAACGCAGGCCUGAGGCUCCUGAAACCACGUUUGGCCCCAACGUCAGCCUACCAGCUCAUGGAGUGGUGCUGGAAGGAGAAACCAGAGGAUCGUCCGUCCUUUGCUCUUCUACUUCAUGAACUAGCCUCCCAAGCAGACCUAUGAACCGAAUUAAAAUAAGACAACAUCAACUACAAGAAUAUUUAUUUAUUUUAUUUAAUGAUUUACUGUGAGUUCACUCCGUAUGUUUUCAAUCCCUGGGUUUUGCACUUUAUCGCCUCCUCCUUUAGCUCUGUAUAGAAGACAAGUCACAGUACAUUCAUGCAGUUGCAGUAAAUAUGUUUGUUGCAUUGAGAUGUCUCUAUAAGUUACAUGCUUAUGCUGUGUGAUCCACUGUUUAUUAAAUGAAUUCCUUGACUUAAAUGCUUUCUGUUUCUUCUCAUUGGGUUGUCCUAAUGUUUUCUGUACAACUUGUUAGAUUUUGAUUCAACUUUAAAUAUUCAAGUAUCAAAAAAAGAAACAGCUCUAUAAGUGGUACAUUUUGAAGAUCUCAGCCUAGAUUCAGCUGCAUGUUUACUUGGUCUUGCUUCAAAUGUGGUCAAAGAGGACUCAGGAUUGUAUUUCAAGACUGAUCAUGACAGCUGCAAGGAUUAUAAGAGACUCCCUGUCCAUGGUUGACAUCUGUAUGUGAUCCGAUGUUAUAAUAUAAAUAAC